GCUGUAUAAUGGUUACGAUUCUGAAAUAAAUUAGUUGAAAACAACUCGAAUGCGCUCAGUCACAAAACGAUCCUACGACGCGCAUCGCUGAACGCGGAAAGCUUCGCGCUCAGUGAACGAAACGAAACGAAAUACAAAAAACACAAAUUGUUGUACAAUAUUUUUCGGCAGACACAAUUAAAGUAAUUAAGGAAAAAUUGUAAACAACAGAAUAAAGUGCCAAAUUAACUAAAAUAAUUCAUACAAGUGUAUUAAAAAGCUACGUGGCAACAAUAAAAGCAUCACAGUGUUUAGUAAAAGACGCGCAAGAAAUAUAAAAAUUAAAAAAAAAACAACAAAAAGAUACAACGUUCUCAAGUCAACAGUUGUCAGGCGGAUACCAGUUGAUUCUCACAUUCGUUUCGGAUCCACUUUCGUCCACUAAAGCUACCAAACACAACGCCAUGAAAGACACCAAACUCACCACGGACGAUCGCCGUUUCCUGCGCAGCUUACUAACCGAUCUGAUCAUCUUCGUUGUGCUCGGCUUACCGAUUUUAAUAUGCGAGUUCGUCAUCGAACCCUUUCGGCGCGGCUUCUUCUGCACGGACGAGACGAUACGCUAUCCUUUUCGUGAGAAUACUGUAACAACCGUUUUGCUCGCUGUAAUCAUCUUGGUUGUGCCGGCAAUUAUACUUCUUGCAGUCGAAUUGACGCUCUACUACCGUUGCGGCCGCAUACGUGAGAUGGUGCUGCUGUUCGGCUUCAAGGUGCCUGCAUGGCUGGUGGAAUUCGUAAAGCAUGCGCUCUACUUCACUUUCGGUGGCCUGCUGACGAUGGAUGCCACGGAGGUUGGCAAGUUCACAAUUGGGCGCUUGCGUCCACAUUUCAUCAGCGUGUGUCAGCCACAGUUGUUGGACGGCAGCAAUUGUGAGUCGGCACAGAAUUUGCAUCGCUACAUUGAGAACUACAUUUGUGUGGGCAGCGGUUAUACGCAGGAAGAUGUGCGUCAAGCGCGUCUCUCCUUCCCCAGCGGUCACUCGAGCUUGAGCUUCUUUGCGCUCACUUAUGUCGCCAUUUAUCUGCAGUACAAAAUCACCUGGCGUGGUUCGCAAUUGGCGCGACACUUUUUGCAGUUCUCGCUCGUAAUGUUGGCUUGGUACACGGCGUUGUCGCGCAUCAUGGACAAUUGGCAUCACUGGUCGGAUGUGCUGUGCGGCAGUGUGUUGGGCAUUGCAAUGGCCGUGAUUACCGCGCGUUACAUCACGAAGGAGUUUAACACGCCGCAAUCGUGCUUAAGGGGGCACUUGCCGCGACAGGAUACCUGCACGACGCUGAACGAGAUCGUGCCAACGCCGCCACCGUACACGAUUGCACAUGGCGUGGGUGACAGCAUGCCGUCGUUGCAUCGGGAGAGUAAUGGCAGCGGCACGCAUAGCUUCAGUAAUGAUCAGUAUUGCACGAAGGUGUAACUUUCGGGGGGCGCAAGUAAGGGAAGGGUUUCAAACUUUUUAUUAUGUGAUAGUUUACAACUAAGUGCUUCAAAUAUUGUUACGUGCUGAUAACG